AAAGUUUUUCGUACGAAGCUUCGUCUUUCCGAGAAAAAUAGCUUUGAAUGUUUAUCGAGUACACGUGCGCUUGAUCAAGAUUCAGCUCAAUCAUUGGAAGACAUUCCUCUUGAAAUUCGAAGAAAUUUAAUUUACCAACAAGAUGGAGCACCAUCGCAUUUCAGUCGUGAAGCGAGAAAUUUUUUAAACGAAAACUACCAAUAUUGGAUCGGCCGUAAUGGAAGAAUAUCUUGGUCACCACGAUCUCCGGACCUGUCACCGCUGGAUUUUUACUUACGAGGUCAUGUUAAAUCUAUGGUGUAUUCUAGCGACACAGCGAACGUUGAACAAUUAAAAGAAAAAAUUAUUAUAGCGUUCGCAACAUUGAAACUACAAAAUAACACAUUGGAAAAUGUUCGUAGCAAUUUAAUAAGAAGAGCACAGUUGUGCAUGCAACAACGUGAGCAUCACUUCCAACAAUUUUUAAACUAAAAAAACAUUGGUGAAAAGUAGACAUUCUGUGCCCCCGCGUACGAACAUUGGGAAUGUCUGCAAUUAUUAGUAGAGAUAAUAAUGAAAUCCGUUGAGUUGAAUCUUGAUCAAGUGCUCGAUAAACGUUCAAAGCCAUUUUUUUUUCUCGGAAACAAAGCUUCGUAUGAAAAAAUUUUAUUCUAUAUUUUUUAUUAA